UUGAUCUCUGCUCUCUCACUCCCUCCCUGAAUAACUCCCAGGUCAGCACGUAUUCUACUGAACGGAUUCCUCCAUCUCGUAUAGCCAUGAAAAUGCCUGUCCCUGUCCUCCUGCUCCUCUGCCUCUCUCUGGGACUCGUGUCCUCCCAGGAGGCAGAUCAAGCUACUCCCGCGCCGGCACAGACCCUCAACAACACAGAGGAGGAAUCAGACUGGGGCAUUGGGAGCGUCCGGGACGGCUUUGAGACAGUCAGUGGAUACUUCGACUCGUUCCUGGAGCUGCUGGGGGGGCGUAAUGGGGUCUGCCAGUACCGCUGCAGAUUUGGAAAGGCUCCCCUGCCCAGGCCAGACUACAAGAGCCCCGAGCCCAACGGCUGCAGCUCCUAUUUCCUGGGACUCCAGAUACCAGAAACUCUUGGCCUGGGCAUCCCGGCUAUGACCAAGUGCUGUAACCAGCUGGACCACUGCUACGACACGUGCGGCACCAACAAGUACCGCUGCGACACCAAGUUCCGCUGGUGCCUCUACGGGAUCUGCUCCGACCUCAAGAAGAGCCUGGGCCUUGUGUCAAAGGUCGAAGCUUGUGAGUCGGUAGCAGACACCCUGUUUAAUACGGUCUGGACGCUGGGCUGCAAACCAUUCAUGAACAGCCAGAGGGCAGCCUGUAUCUGUGACGAGGAGGAGAAAGAGGAACUGUAAAGCCAAGGACAGCCGUGCCAGUACCGGAGAGGCAUUCCUGCACUAUCAACACAGGCUAUAACAUGAAAUAAUACAAUAAGAAACACUAUGUUAAAACUGUUCUUCACAGAGACCAGUGCAGUCAAAAACUAGAUUAAAAAGGAAUGUCUACAAUUGUGACUAAACUACAGACUAUGGAUUUUUCCGGAUUGUUGUGAUACUGGGUACCCUUAAGGAAUGCUGACCAGUUCCAGCCAACCAGACUUUCAAAUUCUUGGGCCUAUAGACACUUAAUAAAAUAUACAAUGGGCAUAUAGCUUUGUGACUCCUAAGGGGCAGACUAUGGUCUUUUUCAUAGGUAAGAAUAGGACACUGAUCCUAGGCUCAAUAACAAACGACACAAUGGCACAUCAGGGGCGCUAAGAGUCUGCUGGCCUGGUAAGCCACCUUAAUCAACUCCUUCAUAAUGCUCUCUUGUUGCUGUAGUCGUCUUCACGCUGUUUGCAAACAAAUCCCAAAUUUUAGCUUAAAUGUGUCAUUAGUUUUUCUCAAUACAGACUCCAGUUAAACGGCUGGUUCGACGUGUCAUCCCCAUGUUUUGUGGGAGCCAGGUUCUAUUUAUGUGUUUUUAAUAAUAAUUCAAUAUAUUUGUUUGUAUAGGAAGUGUGUGGAGAUUUUUUUUUUUUUGGUAUGUGUGUAAUGAAUGUUUUCUACAAAAAUAAUUAAUAAAAGUGUUUUAGAUAACAAAUGCAAAAGAGAA